AUGCUAUGCCUCGUCGAAGACCCUGCAACGAAACGACAACAGCCGCGCAACUACCUAGAGACACUGGAAGAGCGUGUCCGCUUCUUGGAGGACAAGCUUCGUGAGUCUGACUUGGAGGGACCAACUGCUUCACCGAGCAACGAGCCAUCAACUUUCUACUCUAGGACUGGCAGCGAGCAACACGAGUUGAGUGAUCUAUCUUCCAUGAUUGGCACCCUAAGCUUGAGUGCUGCAGGCGCAGAGCCACAUUAUCUAGGCUCAUCUUCCGUCUUUGCCUUUGCACGAUUCGUCGAGCCGUCUCUGCGACAGGUCAUCUCGUCUAUUCCUCCUGAUAAAGCGAGCGAGGGUUCUAGCCAACCCUCGAUGCUUAAUCCAUGUCCUCUGCCAGAAUACCAGACAGCCGUCAGACUAAGCAAUGCAUAUUUCCAGAAUAUCCAACCCCAAUGCCCAUUUCUACAUGAACCAACGUUCAGGAUAUGGGAAUCGGCACUCAAGAGUCCACUUGACCCUUUCGAGGUCCUCGAGUACAAAUCCGUGCCCAUCUACUUCCUCUUUAUGGUGUACGCCGUUGGAGCUCUACUAUUGCCAACUCCUGGGUAUUCCCCAGAGCGGCUAUAUGCUUCGGCCCUCCUCUAUAUUGACGAAUACUGUAUCACGAUAAUUUGGAAUGCAUACAGGCAAUUCUUUGUUCGGCCACUUAUUCUCUUCGCUCCUCUAAAGGGACUUCUCAUUGCCUCGCUCCUUUUGGGACGUCCAUUGAGCCUCCGCCUGCAGGAAAUUGAUGUAGAUCUUCCUCUCGAUCUUGAGGAUUCCUCUUUUAGCGAGACCGGACUAUGCGAAUCACCAAGGACCCCAUCAGAACCACCCACGAUGAUGACACAUGCGAUCCAUGGUUUCCGUUUUCGAAACUUGCUUGGCCGUAUUCACUCAACGCUGUAUUCCGAUAACACUGCCACAGACUUUGAUCGCCGGAACGCCCAUAUAAAGGACUUAAUCGAGGAAUUAGACAAGCUUAUGGCUUCGAGGCCCCUUCCAAGGUCGCCUCCUGAUGGUGGUGCUCUCUCAUUCUUUACAACUCCCGACUGGUACCAAGCCGUAUACGGCUCUACUAUUCUGCAGCUCUACCGAUUUCAUAUCACGGACAGUCAGCGACCAGUCCCGCCCGACAUUAUCACCAAAUGCAUGCGUGCAGCCAGGAGCGCCUGCCACAGCUACCGCCGUCAAUUCCUAGGAACGCCUACAACGCCUACCUGGGGUGCCUUGCACGAGCUGUUCCUGGCCGGGUUGACAUAUUUGUACUGCUUAUGGAAAGCAUCCAGUGCUUCUGGCUCGCUUCGUCAUGAUCAGAUCAGCAGUACUUGCACGAAUUGCACCAUGAUUCUUGUCAUAAUGGCCGAGAGUUGA